UCAUGCCGGCCGGCCACGGGGUGAAAAGCUCAAUCCAGCCCGCUCUGUUAACACUAUCUAAACCUAAAUGGUCUGGGAAUGUUUCAGCUUGGAUCGGAGGGCUCUUGUUGGCCCUAUUUGUGGUUGGUCUGACAGUCGGCCAUGGCCACUCCCACGACCAUGGCCACUCCCAUGAACACGAACAUGAGCACGAGGCCAAUCCGGCUUUCAAGUGGAGUCGCGAAGCCAAUGAAGACGAAAUUUUGGAAGAAGAAAUUAUUGACCUUCCACCCCAAUACGCCAAAGAGAAGCCCAACGUUCAAGCGCACGGUCAUUCUCAUGGCGGUCACGGACACUCUCAUGGGGGUCAUGGACACUCCCACGGCCCGCCCCAAAAGGAACUUACGCCCGAAGAACGAGAGAGGCACCGAGCCCGUCUUCAUCGGGAAUGGGAUGACGAUGAUGAGGAGCACACUGAUACCAAGAGCGAGAUUUGGGCCCAGGCUUUGCUCUCAACCUUGGCCAUUAGUUUGGCCCCCUUCGUGAUUUUGUUCUUCUUUUCGUUGGACAACUCGGCCGAAAAGCAAGGCCAACUCAAGGUCCUGCUCAGGUGAGAUACUGAGAUGCCCUUCAAGACGUGU